AUGAGAAGCAGAAAAAGCCUUGCCCACUGAUCUCACUUCAGACUCCAACACCGAUCAGAGAAUGGAAUGGUGGCCAGUCUAGGAGACCACGGAAGGCACACUUUGUCCCCAGUUAUGCCCACCCCUACCCACCUGGCUCAUUCACCUUCCUGCUCCGGGCUGCUGGCACUGCUCCUUGUCCUCUGGGGAGCUUCUGAGCAGAGCAAGGGGGGUAAGUGGCAGGUCCUGCAGCCUGAGGGCCCCAUGCUGGUGGCAGAAGGUGAGACACUCCUGCUGAGGUGUACAGUAGUCGGCUCCUGCACUGAUUACAUGAUAAAAUGGGUCAAGGUGAGCAACCAGAACCAGGAGGAAAUUUAUAACUUCAAACAUGGCUUCUUCCCCGGGGUGAUGCCCAUGAUCCAGAAGACACUGGAACCACUUAAUUGCGACUAUUCCAUCUAUAUCCACAAUGUCACCACGAAUCAUGCUGGAACCUACCACUGUGUGAGACUUGAUGGCUUGAGUGAGCACUCAAGAAAGAAGCUGGAUGAGGGCACCUCCGUGCUUGUGAAGAGAGCUGGGGACCCAGAGCCAGACCUCUGGAUCAUCCAACCCCAGGAGUUGGUGUUGGCAACCACUGGAGACACUGUCUUCCUGAACUGCACGGUGCUUGGAGAUGGUCCCCCUGGACCCAUCAGGUGGUUUCGGGGAGCUGGUCUGAGCCGGGAGGCCAUUUACAACUUUAGAGGCACCUCCUACCCCAACGUGACAGCGGUCCGGGCUUCCAACAAUGAUUUCAGCAUUCUUCUGCGUGGCAUCUCCACUGAGCAUGCAGGCACUUAUUACUGUGUAAAGCUUCAGAGGAAACCCAACAGGCAAUACCUAUCUGGACAGGGCACCAGGCUGAGAGUCAAAGCAAAGCACACUUCUCUCCAAGAGUCAGAAUUCACCAAUGAACGUGUAGCCAAGGUAUUUCCAUCAGGCCUCCUGUCUGUGCUCACUCUUGCGGUCCUGGGGCUGAAAGCAGUGACCUUGGCUGCACUCCUGAUAGCCCUGGCUGCCCACCGGAGGAAGCCUUGA